AUGAAAUUUAUUUACUUUGUUGGAGGACUAAUUGGUCUUUACGCUCCCACUAAAAUGCUUUACAAAUAUUUUUUUAAUACUUAAAGAACUAUUCCUCCAUUAACUCAAAGAUUAAUAAACUCUCUCAUGCCAUAUAGAAACGUAAAUAAAACAUCGCUAUAUCAGUCUUAGAGAUAUAUAAAUAAGAGAGAUGCAGUUUUAUCUAUGACAAUAGACCAUCAAGGGAGAUUAUAAUCUCCUACAAUAGUUGAUGAGUCAAUUUUGAGCCAAAAUUAGAGGAGUUUUUAAAGCGUUUUUAUACACACUGUCAUUCAUAGAAAUAAUAUAUAUUUCCUAAACUAAGAUGAGUUAAUCAACUAGAUGGAAAAAAUUAAUAAAAAUCUGAAUCUAAAACUUGAGGCAGUCCGUAUAAUUGAAUGCAUAAAGCCAUUAGUUUUUUAUAAAUAUCCAUUGAUUUACACAUCAUAGCAUCACUAGCUUCAAGUUAUAGAGAUUCAAAUAUAUGAGACUUAAAAUUUUAUUUGUGUAAAAGAUUACCCUGCUAAGAGUAUAGCUUAGCAAGUUCCUUACAGUCUAGAAAUAUGCACAAAAAAUAAUGAAGAAAAUAUAAAUAACCUAAAUUCUGCCAGAAUCGAAAUUGAUGAAAAUGGUUUAAUAUAAAAAUCUCAAGAAGGAGUUUUGUUUAUAUUUUAUAGAGAAAAAGAUAAUGGAGAUUUAAUAUGCUUGUAGCUCCUUGAAGCAUAAUAAAAUAAUUCUUUUUGCUAAGCUUUUAAGAAACUAUUAACUAAAAUGACACAUAACUCAGAGGAAAAAAUAAAAUUUUUAGAGAAAAAAUUAUAUUUUGAAGAGCUAAUAAAUCUAAUAAAAGAUUAAGGGUUCAAAGAAAUGGUUUUGCUAAAGAAAAAUGGCUUAAUUUGCCAAAUCGAUAAAUUAAAAUUAAAGAAAGAUGAGGAAGAAAUACACUUUUAAAACAAGAAAAUAUUUUCAUAUUUGAAUAAUUAUUAAAAGAAUUUUAGUUUGACUGAUAGUAUAGUUUUUGAUUAAUAAAUUUCAUGA